AGAGAAAGAAGAAGAUGCUUCGGUACUAGGUGUAUCGUUACUUGGUCUCUAUAUUUCCAUGGUCACUAAUGUCUAACGUUACGGUUAAUUUCUCGGGGUGGUUUCUGGCUCAGUACUGAGGUUGUUGGAUCAGCGGCGGCGAGUCGAUUCGGGUGUUAUCCAGCUUCGAAGCUACCUCAUGAAGCCAUGGUUCAGGAGUUUCACGUCGUCUGCUGCUUUUGUUGCCAAAGUUUCCAGGUUCAACAGGUGAAGAAGGUGAGCAAGUGGAGCUGUGUGCUCUGCGGCCAGAAACAGUCCGUGCUGAAGGAAUUUGGGCGGGGCUCCGGGGAUGACUGCAGGCGACAUGUGCAGAAACUGAACAGCAGGCGUGGAGCCAUGUUGGAAGAGCAGGAGCAGACUGCCUGGUCACUAUGGAAGCAGAUGGAAUCGAGCGGCGGGGGCGGAGCUGAUGAUCAGCAGGAGGGGGAUGACGUGACACCCGAGCAGGGAACCAGUCAAGUCAGCCGCUGGCACAAAUACCUGAAUGUGCCUCAGGAGGUGGAGCCAGAUAAGAACAUGAUGGGCAGGAGUAACAGGCAGGGAGUCGGCCGGUGGACUGACAAGGAGCAGCAACCUGAACAGCCAAACUGCUUCAGGGCACCCAAACGCUCUGUCACCACAGCCGCACGCCAACUCCGCACCCAUUCUCACAAUGCAAAGUCCUGCUGGAGUGUUGGUGCCAACUCUCAGAAGGUAGCAGUGUUUUCUGAUAGUGGGCGGAGUCACACAGGGGCAAACACUGCCUCACUUGUUGCAAAGCAACCAACUUUAGCUGUCCAUCAUAAUAUUCUCAAUUUUGACUCCGUUCUCCAGUCAACACAGCCGAACUGCCACAAAGCCAGUAUGCAGCAACGGGAGGCUCCUCCCCUCAAGCAACUGCACCCCUUAUGUGUCCAUACAUCCAUUUUUGACAGUGGUGAGGACUUUAGCAUCGAUGUGAUAUGAUGUUUUUCCCUCAAUGGUCACAUGACCUCAGCUGAAGAAAUGUUUAUUUUUGGAUUUCAAACUCUGAAAUGUGACCUUUGCGUUAAACUGUUUCCAAGUUGACUUUAUGGGUCGCGGACUUUGACCUCUAUUCUGUAAAGCUGAUUUCAGCUCAUUGUGUUGAUGUAAAUAAACAACCACCAAAUGAUGUCUGACAUCAGACUGACUUUUAUUAAAAUUAGACUUUGAAAACGGA